ACCCUAAUGGAUAUAAUCAGUACACAGAGCAGACUCCCAAUGUUUGAUUAGAAUGUUUGAUUAGAAUGUCAAUAUACUUUACUUUGUAAGCAAGUCCAGUUUAUAUUAUAGCAGUGUUCAUUGGUUUGCAACACAUGAUGUUUGAACUAUAUUUUUAGUUAUUUAUUUCAUUAUUUGUUUGUUUUUUUAGAAAGUCAAAUACACAAUUAUUUACUUUCUGAGCAAAUCAACACUGUGACCUAGGCCAAACACAAGAACAAAGGUUGGAUCAAAACAUUUUGAACUUGAUUAUUAUGGACUUAUGAUUAUUCUGCAUAUUUUCCUGUGCCUGUGUUAAAUGCUGUUGUAGACAAACACCAGAGUAGUCAUGGUAACAUUCAGUCACCUGCGUGACUCACUGGGCACCACACCUCGUCUGAAGGUGGAGGGGCAGAUGGAGGGGCAGUGUGAGCCUAUCUCCCCACACAUGUUACACACCCUAUCCUCUAAAUCACAAACGCCUUUUUACUCACACGUCUGUCACUGAUCUUUUUUUGCGCAACAGAAGACGAUUACACAAAUGCAGACCACAGCGACUUUCUAGUAACUGGUCGGUGAAGUCCUGUGAUUAUCUAGAAUCAUUUUCACUGGCAGUGGGGAAAAAACUGAAUUGUAGAAAUGAAAUCUUGCUCAGCUUCACUUGUAUCAACUUACAGAACCGUGGUCACCACUAGUCAGAUAUUAGUACAGUCUCUAACAAAUGUCCAAAUAACACCGUUUGCCCACAGUUUUCAUAAGGGUUGAAGCUGGGGACAGGUAGGUGACUAGAUUUCAACCGUCAACCCUCUAGAUCAGGGAUACCCAAAGUGUGGUGCAAGCGUCCCUAGGGGUGCACAAGAUCAAAAAUGUGAUGGCGGUUUAGAGUGUUUUUUUUUUAAUUGAGAGUGGAGAGUGAAGACGUGUGAAUAACAAAUUCCCAUCUCACUGACAUAAGGUCAAGUAUAACUAGAUAUAUUUAUAAUUAUUUAUAAUUUAUAUUUAUAUAAUAUAAUUAGAUUAGAGAAAACUGACUUCAACUAGAACACACAGCUCAACAACCAGUCAACUGCACACACACUGUAGGUAACUUUAAUCCCAUGCACAGCCUGUGACCUCCUGGUCAACAGGAACUGUUGUCCUCCAAACCCAAAACACAACAAAACCCUAAAGGACUGAAUUCAUCUGACCAGUUGAACCAAAUGUAGAAAUGCUUUUAUUACAAUCGUCUGCUAACAACAAUCGUCUGCUAAAACAAAAGAACUGGGCAAUAUUAAAAUUAAAUAUGUUCAAUUAAUCUUUGUCCACUUAAGUCCCCAAAAUGGAUGGUUAUUCUACAGUAUGUUGAUGUCCUGAAAAUCUAAAGGCUCUUUGGAAAAGUCUUUGGUGUCAGGAUAAGAACAUGAGUCUCUGGGAAACAAAAAUCUCACGUUGGGUUUGUUUUGUAAAGAAGACAAAGCUCGGGCUUUACUCCAGAGAGAACAGUGUAACAGAUCUGACUUCAUUGUCCUCAUGUCUUUGAUUUGUCUUCCAGGACUGUCAGCUCUCCUAACAUGAUGCCUACAGUUAAAGGCAUGUCCCAUAGCAUGAUUCCAAACCACGUUCUGAGGGUUGGUCAAACUAUCCGCCUGCACGAGGCCCAGGAGGCAGUCGAUCAACAUCCCUGUCUCAUGACACCUGGCGGUCAGCCGAGCGACUCUGAACUUGACAUUUCCCUGGAUCAUCUUAACCAGCUAAUCUUGGAACUGGAUCCGACAUUUGAACCCAUUCAGGUCAACAAAAGUCCGUCAUGUGUCAGCCCGCCCACAGAUUUGGAUGAAGACGUUUCCCACUGUAUGUUGGUCCCCCGAGGAUGUUCCCCCAGUUUCAGCAUACCCAUACCCACAGCCAACAGUCUGAGCUUCAGGGUCAACGGCAUGCAUGGGGUCUCAGUGUCCCCCACCUGUUCCCUGCCACCACUACCAUUUGGGAGUGCACCUCGACGAGUUUCUUCACCAAAACACGACAUGACCUCAUCACUGGGAUCGCGUUUACCAAACUCCAACAGAAACAGCGUGACCUCACUCCACUCCAUGUCCACGUGCUCAGACACAAGCUACAUCCUUGGCAGCACCCUGUCCCUGGCCAGUGAGGAUGCUGACGCUCCAGAACCCAACUUCAGCACCACAUCCGGAUCCCUGAGCGAUGUGUCCACACUGAGGCACUUGGACAAACCUGCGCUGAUGAAGCCCCGACACCUGCAGGACCUAAUCAACAGCCACGGAUCACACAGCAGUCCUGCCUCACUGUCCAGCUCUUUCAGUGACAUCCCUGUACUGUUAGUCAAUGGAGCACCAGAAUCAGUGUGCAUCCAGCCGUCCCCAGGACCAGAAAUGGACUUCAUACAGACCAUAAAUGACUCCGAAACAAAGCCAUCCUCUCCUCACAGUUUCCAGGCUCGCUUUACUGGCAGUCAGCCCUCAAUGAAAUUUGUCAUGGACACUUCAAAGUUUUGGUUUCGUCCACAUAUCAACAGAGCAGAAGCUGAAGCCUUGGUGACAGACGGAGAAGCAGGAACAUUUGUGAUCAGAGACAGUACAUCCUACAGAGGGAGCUUUGGUUUGGCCAUGAAAGUGGAACAGAAACGGAUCAACUUCACUGCCACUCCCUACCCAGGAGACAGCAGUUUGGAGCAUAUCAGACACUUCCUGAUUGAAUCAUCCACCAAAGGUGUUCGUAUCAAGGGUUCUUCUCAGGAACCGUACUUUGGGAGCCUGUCUGCUCUGGUCUACCAGCACACGAUCUCAGCUUAUGCUUUACCCUGCAAGCUGCUGCUCCACAACCAAGAUCUGAAAACGACUGAAGCAAAGACCAAUGAAAAACUACCCCCAUCAGAGGAGAAAGGAAAAACAGCUUGUAAUUUCAUCUACCUGAGCGCUGUGCCCACCGAGAUGCUAACCGGUCCUUGUGCUGUGCAGAGAGCAGUGUCGUCUACAUUUGAAAAAGUUCCGGGCUCCUUUACACCCACUGUGGUCAACAUGAAGGUCUCAUCAAAGGGUGUAACCCUGACAGAUAUCAACAGGAAGCUCUUCUUCAGACGUCAUUAUCCUGUGCAUCUGCUGAGCUACAGUGGUGAAGAUCCAGAUGAUCGAGUGUGGGUGAAGGGAACCUCAUUUGGCGCAAGAAUGUUUGGCUUCGUGGCCAAAGGCAUAGAGGCUGGGACAGAGAACGUGUGCCACGUCUUUGCAGAGUAUGACCAGCUGCAGCCGUGCCAUGAGGUCGUCAAGGUCAUUCAGGCUGCCAUCACCAGGUUAUAGACCAGUACAACGGCUGACACGAAUGUCUGUACAAAAUGUUGUUUUUAGUGUCAGAAAAGAUUUAUUUUAGAUAUUCUAAAUGAUCACUUGUAACCAGGCUCCUGUCAAAUGAUACCAUUACUACUUUGUUUUUUCAAUGUAAAAUUUGUACAUUUUGUCUUAUGUCUAUAUGGUAAUCUAUUAUGUAAUCUGAGGAUUAAUCUUUCUGAUCAGGUAGGAAGUGUGUAGCACUGAUAGAGGUUUGAAGGUUCUGUAAAGACUUACUUUAAAAAAAAUAUAUCCUUUUAUUUCUAAGCACAAACAAAACCUGAAUGUAUUUAUUACGCUAUCAUACAUUUUAAUAUUGAUGAACUUAAACUUUUUAGAAGGUUUCCUAAUAAAACGCAUAAACAAC